GGUAACCUGGCCAAGUAAAAGUUUGGAACUUUAGUAAGUAGUAAAUGAUAAUUAAUCCAUUAAACACGUUGAUGUGUUUAAUUUUUUAAAGAUGAAAUAAUUUAUUUGUCACACUCACUUUGUUACACUUUUACUUAAAAACAGGCCUGCUAAAAAAAAAACACUUAAAUUAAUAUUAAUAGGCCUACUCAGUCUUCUUCUUCUAUAUGACUAUACUAUACUAUACUUAUACUAUAUCAUGGACCCACGAAUUUAUUGACCAUUUUGGCUCCUAUGUAACGUAAAGUGUAGAGGGGAUUUGCAAUGUUUCUGUGCAUGGUGUUGACGAGGACAUAUCAAUGAUUUCCAGUUCCACUUUGUGAGUGAAUUAUGCGCUGGGGGUUUGAAGGCUUGGGCUUGAGGCAAUAGACACAAAUUUGAAACGAGUCUAGUUUUGUCGCCUCAACUGUUCUUUUUGAUGAAAGGUUGUUCCAGUCCCUGAUUGUCUUGGGCAGGAAUGAGCAGCUCAUAUACUGGCUUCUUGCUGGUAUGAGCCUGAAAUGCCUGUCAUGGCCUCGUCGCUGUCUAUGGGGGAGAGGGGCGAGUUUCUGUUUAACAGUGGACCAGCCCAUUAUUUAUCUUGUACAUAAUGGAGACCCUGGAUUGUCAUAGUCGUUCCUCCAAUGGUGACCAGCCUAGUGUUUCCAGCAUACUGCCAACACUAGAGGUAUUCCUGUAUGGGUUCAGGACAAAGCGAGCUGCCUUUCGCUGGAUCGCCUCCAACCUGUCAAUGCUCUUCUGGCUAAAUGGGUCCCAGACUGAAUAUGCAUAAUCUAAAACCGGACGGAAAAAGGCUUUAUAUGCUCUUUCUUUCACACAUGAGUUGCCAAAUUUAAGAUUACGCCUUAAGAACCCCAGGGUCUUGUUUGCUUAGUUACAUACAUUGUUAAUAUGCUCGUCCCAGCGGACCUCACUUUGAAUGGUAACACACAGGUAGUUUACGGAGGAAACUGGCUCAAGUAUAUGGCAGUGCAGCUCGUAUUGGUAGUGUAGAGGAGUACAACUUCUAGAGACUGAUGAGGUCUGGCACUUGGCAGGGUGAAAUUCCAUGUCCCAGCGGCCAGCUCAUCUCCCACUCAGCUAGCAGAUUGAGAUCCUGUUGUAGCUGGUCCUGGUCAGAUCUGUUGGCGACCUAUACACUGCUGUGUAAUCAGUUAACAGUCUUGCUUGGGAUGUCAGUUUCUCGGGGAGGUCAUUAAUGUAUGCUAGGUACAAACAAGGGCCUAGCACUGUUCCCAGGGGGGACCCCUGACUUCACAUCGACACAGGAGGAGCUUGUACCGUCAACUACUACUGCUUGGCAUUGGUGGCUGAGGAAGCUAGAGAUCCAUGUUUUAGUGGUGCCUUGGAUCCCAUAUCUCUGGAGUUUGUGUAGAAGCAAACUAUGAUUCACACUGUCAAAUGCCUUUGCGAAGUCCAUCACCAGCACGUCAGUCUGCUUGUGGUUCUCAAGAUUUGUCAUCAAGUCUUCUAAGCUGAGACUAACAAGGUCAACUCUAAGUCUAAGUAAUCCAAGUCAAGUCUAAACUAAUUAAAAUAAGACUAGUUACUUUUGUAAUUGGCAACAAUGACAUUCACUACAAAACUACCUCAAAAAUGAUUUAAUAAUAAGUGUGUCUGUACUUUUUUGCAUUGAGUUUUGCCUAUAAUAGGGCCAGGGUGACCAAAACAUGAACUGAAAAACACGGGACACACCCAAGGAGGGUUUAGAGGGAUACCCUCCAGUUAAUGAGGGGUCCGGGGGUCUCCGCCAGAAACUGUUUAUAAAUAUGCUCAUUUUAAUUUUAACUAGGGGUGUGCCGGACCCCGGUCCGGAAUCCGGUUCCGCCGGAUUUUGCACUAUCCGGUGAAAUCCGGUUCCGCCGGAUUUACAUGUAUCCGGAACAACCGGAUUCCGGAAUCCGGAAUAUACCGGAUUUCGGAAUUUGCCAGAUUUUGUGACUCACCGGAUCAUAAUCUGAAAUAAAAGUAAUUCUCUUUCCCGAAUUUCACACGAUCACGAUACAUUAAUCGAUUGUUUCGAGCGUUGAGCUUGUUUAAUGUUUAAUAUUCCGUACAUACCAGAGGCUAGAGUCAGCACCGCUAAUAGUGGCCAAUAGUGUAGGGACUUUGAUAAGAAAAUUUAAACUUUUUGUAAAAAUAAACCAAUGGCAUAGUUGAAAAGAUGUAAUUUUUUAAAGAAUUAUAACACCAAAAUCAUAUUUUUAGCUGUUGUAGUUUUAAAGUUAUGAAUUUUUAAAGUACGACUUGGUUUGUCAUUUUUUAACAUGGACUGCAUCUCCACAUUCUGUGAUCUCAUUCCACCAAUCCCGUCAUGCGCAAUGACUAUAUAGUUUAUAUAAGGCAACGCAUUCCCUGCCUUAUCACUAAAAUACUGUUUAGACUUAGUUUAAACUUUCAACUUUGGCACAUGAAUAAUUAAUUAAAGCUUUCCCUGACCAAUGGUUUAAUAGUUUUUGCACACGGCAAACUCUUAUGAAUGAAACUCUGAGGUAGUACUACGAUACAGUUAUGCAAGUGGCUGUGAAUGGUUGCCAAUGACAACGUGUUGCACACGGUAAAUUCUGAUCAUUUAUAAUAUGGAUUCUACCGGGUUGUUAAAGCUCAAAUUAAAACAUUCCAGUUUAAAUGUCUUUAAAUGCAUUCUGAAACACAAGUUAUCAAUUAUUUUGAUGUAAAUAGUGAUAAUAAAUUAAUAUUUCCUAAGUAUCGUCAACUUCCGCCAUUAAAAAGGGGGGCGUGGCCAACCCCAUGGCGAAAUUAGGUUGAGCGAGCUGCAUAACCUGCUGCGAACGCGUAGAAACAUGGCGUCUCUCGUAAGACACUUAUCCAAAUGGAACGGAACUCAAAUAUAUAUCGAAAGUACUAAUUUAAUAAUAAAUAGACACACACAUCGGAAAAUUAAAAACUCGGAUUUUUUGGCGCCGAUUGCGAAUUCCCAUACACAAAAAGUAGUAGUCCACCUUGACUUACCGAAGUAUCUACCAAUAGUACCAAAAUCCGGAAUCCGGGAGAAACCGGUAUCCGGAUCCGGCGGAUUUCGCAUAAGAAAAUCCGGAUCCGGAUCCGGUUGGAAAAAACGGAUCCGGCACACCCCUAAUUUUAACUAUUUUGAGACCUCUAAAUCUUUUUAAAUGUACCUUCACUUUUGUAAUUUAAUUUAAAGUCUGAGGCAUAUCAUAAACAAAACCAAUAAUUUUGCAGUGUAUACUGAUUUAUUUAUACAUAUUUUUCAAUAAAAUACAAUAUAACAAAUUAAAUGCAAUCAUUACCUUAAGCCCACAUCACUAUUGGCACUGUCUACACAGAUAGUCAAAUGGCAAAAUAUUACUUGACGUUAUAUUUUAAAUUAGGAAGUUUUAGUGAUUUGAAAAUGUGUUUGGUUUUAGAAACAAGACAUUUAGGCGUCCCGAGAGACUUUUUCAGGACACCAGGUACGAUCGUGUAAAAACGGGACAGUUGGUCACGCUGGCCUAGGACCCAUUCACCCAGAAAAAUAUCGAUAGAUUGGAGGCGGUCCAGCGAUGUCACAUCACUACUGGCGCUGGCUACACAACUAGCCAAAAUAUUACUUGAAGUUAUAUAUUUUAGGAAGUUUUAGUGAUUUGAAAAUGUGUUUGGUUUUAGAAACGGGACAUUUAGGUAUCCCAAGAUACUUUUUCGGGACACCAGGAACAAUCGUGAAAAAGCGAGACAAUCCCGUUUGUACAGGACGUUUGGUCACCCUAGUCUAUAAUUAAUUAUUUUCAAUUGAUUCUAUAUACUAAAUCUGAAUCUGGUCACUGGCAAGCACUCAACGUUGAAAGCGUAGUAAGUGGCAUGGGGUUUGCCCUAAACGCAGUGAUGUCAUUGGACAUUUUUGUUGAGGGAUCCCAAAACUGGACUUUGGGCUAGGGUGCAUAGAAUAGUGAAGUGGCUGCGUCUAUUCAGACCCAGGAUUCAAAAGUGAGAGGUUGGGUUUAUUAAAAUAUAUUAAAAAAAUUAUUGUAGGGUUUGUAAGACAAAUUUCGGUAUCAAAUGAAAGAUAAUUGAAUGGACUAUAUUUUUUAGUUAAACUGAAGAAGUAAGUUUACAAACAUGUAGUCUUAUGGUCCAUUAAAUUAUGCGUACCCAGGUCCCUUUUGACUAAAUUCUAUUCGGAUGCCAUUUUUGGUAGUUUAUUUUAGUUAAACUGAAGAAGUAAGUUUACAAACAUAAACUACCAAAAAUGAAAUCAAUAUAGCAUUUAGUCUUAGUCUAAGCAGUGGUUCUCAACCUUUCUAAUGCCGCGACUCUUUAAUACAGUUCCUCAUGUCGUUGCGACCCCCAACCACAAAAUUAUUUUCGUUGAUACUGGAUAACUGUAGAAUAUAUGUGUUUUCCGGUGGUAUUAGGCGACCCCUGGGAAAGGGUCAUGCGACCCCCCCCCCCCCACCGGGGUCGCGACCCACAUGUUGAAAACCGCUGGUCUAAAGGGACCCAGGUACACUUAGCCGCUAUUGCGCGGCUGCUAUUGAAAGUGGUGGGGGGGGUGUUCCUUAGUAAAUGUUCUAGGGCAGAAAUUCUUAACCUCACAACAUUGCAACCCUUCUCAAUUUCAAAACAUUCCCCCCCCCCCCAAAUAAAUCAUUAUGAAUCAUAUUGUAAUUAAUAAAUAUAGUUAAAAUGAUAAUAAUUAUACUGCUGCUAAUCCAAAUGCAUUUUUUUUAAAAAUUAGCAAUGGCAUCAAAUACAAUUUUCUGUCAUCCGCACCUCAAGGGGUGCUUAAACUGCUGGUUAAAAACCACUUUUCUGGGGAAGUGUUUCUGAUACAAGUGCAGUAGUUCAAGUAACAAGGUGUAAUUGAAACUAUUUAAAAGUAAAUCCUUGCUGAUAUCCCGAGUGGAAAACGUAAAAUAUAUAUUCACGCAUUAAUAAAAAUGCUGCCUUUUGAAUUAUUUUGAGUGGUUGAAAAAAGAAGUACCUGUAUGCUAUUCAUACCGUAUCUAUCAUUGUCACAAGAAAUAUCAACUUAGUUUUCUGGGGACUGGACAUCCCUCCCCCCACUUACAAUACAAAAAUUAGAAAGAAAAUAAUUUCUAAAGAUGGGGGACCCCUCCCCACUUUAAAAUUUUUGGUUUAAAAAGUGUGAUCUAUCCGCAACUAUAUAGGCCUACAGAAUACGGUAGGCCCUAAAAUAAAAGGCUUGGCUUAAGUUUAAGCAACGCUAUAUUGCAGUGUUUAAAUGAUUGCACUAAUAAAUCCAUAAUAUAGUCUAAUUCCCACCUAUGUCAAGGCUGUUCGGUCAGAAGCUGAAAAUGUGGAAUAGCAUCAUCUUUAACUACUGGUACUUCAAGAAGCCUCCCCACAAACAACAGUGCAAGCAAUAGUUAAUUUAUGGUUUUGCCUAGUCAAAUUAAACAUAGAUGUCAAGUCAGGGACUUUUCAAACUUGUCUUACAAAGACAGUUUUACAAAGUGAAGACCAAGUUUUGGUUUCCAUAUGCUUUGACCCAUUGAGGAAAGGUGCUGUUCGCAGAAUUGUUUGAAAUGUUCAGAUAAGUUAAUUUGAUGUUUGUUACCUGUUAAAAACUGCAGUGUUAAGAUUCUGUUGGAAAUUAUUUCUGAGGGAGAAUUGCCAGGCUUUAUGAAAGGUUGCAUAGAUAAAAAUAAAUACAUUAAACAAAUUUUAUUAUAGGUGUUCUUUUUAUUGUGAUGCAAUGGCUCGAAGAGAGGUUUUGUCACCUUUGACAAAUACACCAUUUACUCCAUUGCGACAACCAUCAACAAAAUAUGUCUCGCCAUCUACAAGCCGUGUCAUUGGCCUUGCAAGUCCUGCUUCUGUUAUGGCUCACUUUCCAGGUAAAAUCCUUAAUAGUUUUAUUUUCUGUGCUAUAAAUUUAAUGAUUUUUUUUUUGUUUAAAACAAAUCUAGCUAAAAUAUUAAUAUUAGAAUGUAAAGAAUUUGAAAACAAUUAAAUCAUUAGAGUAGAUUGAAUUUUCAUUAGAUCAUAGUUGGCUUUCUUAACUUUCAUUUAUUUUGUAUUUAUCUAUUACUUUACAUUUACGGUAACACAGAUCAGGAUGAAGGCCGACAAAGACUGGAAAGGAGGAGAAAAUCUCAAGCCUUUGAUUUUCAAAGGAAAAAUUUAGGAAGUCCAAGUUCGUCAUCACCAAAGUAAGUAAAGAGCUUCAUCUGUCUCUUGUAAUAUUUUAUACAUUAUUUAGUUAUAUAUGAACACAUUUUCAAAAUUUCAGAUUUCACUUUUAAAAGUGAAGUAACUUUUGGUUACCGGGUAUUCCAAUUUAUUUUAAUUUUUCCCCAAAAACAGUGACGUACUAAUCUUAGUUCAUGAUUUCUGUACCAAUUGAACAAAUAUUCAUUAAAAAUUUGAGGAAUUCAUUAAAAAAUUUAAAUAUUUAUUGUCAAAUAAUUUAUUAUAAUGGUUCACAUAUGUAGCAUCACUAAUCCCAAAACAUAUGGUUCCUAAAUAAAACAUGCAUACUACACAGCUAUUUUAGGAUCUGAAAAUUAUCAGAUGGGGAAAAAUGUCAUCUCUAUUUUAUUGUUAUAGUAAGCCCUCAGACGUUCUAAAUGGUUUAACCAGCACACAACUUGCAAACCAUUAUGCAGACUGUAUAAAGCUUUCUGCUGAAAAUGUAAGUAGUAAAAGAUAUUGAAAUUAAAAUUCCCCUUUUUGUUUGGGUGAUUGAUAAUAUGUCGUUUUGAGUUAUUGUAGGCAAACUGCAAUAAAAAAAAUAUUGAUAGUUUCUCUGGUAAAGUAAUAUCUUUAUAAAAAUAUUUCUUUGUUUGCUUGUUAUUUUCAAUGGUUUUACAUUUUAAAAAAAAAAAGUGAUCGCUAGUAAAACUUUUAGAUUGAAUUGGGAUUUUUCUCACAGUAGUAAGCAUAGGUUUGUCAUUUUUUUUAUUGAAUGUUCUUUGUAAUUUUUUAAGCUUAAAUCAAUUUUGCUUUAUAAACUACAUAUCCUUUUAGAAAAUCAAUGCAAAAAAUGCAUUUGGUCUUCAUUUGAUUGAUUACAUGACAGAACUUGUGAAGAAGAAAGAGAUGGAAAACUUUCAGGUAAAUUGUAAAGUUUUUACUUAACAUGAGAAUUGCAUGUGAACUCAGUGUAUCUACAUUUAAAGCAACGGCAACUGAUAUUUCGUUUAAAAUCUAUUUUCUAAAAGGUACUAUCACCUUUAUAAAAUUACAAGAACAAUUCUUUGUUCAUUACAGUUUUUUUCCCCCCACUGUCAAAGUUAUAUAAAUUUAUAUAUAUAUAUAUAUAUUAUUUUUUUUAGAUCUAUGAGCAAGGAGAGAAAUACAAAUAAAGUUGAUCACAUUAACAACUGAAUUUUAAAAUCCCAACAAAACGUUUUUUGACUGCUGAAUUAUUUGAGAAUUAUUUAUUAAAUCUUACAAUUAAAGUCUAUUUUGCUCUUAUAACCACCUUUAUCCAAGCUUCAUGUUUCAUCAUGUUCUUGUACAACUGUUCUUCUAGAUUCUUUCUUAUAACAUAUUAUACAUCAGAUUGCUUUCACUAAAUUCUCUUGUCCAGAGUGUUGUUUUUUUGUUUUGCUUCAAAACUUUAGCAUUGAGAAUAUUUUUGUGUUAAUAUAUUUUGUCUGCACAUUUAUGAUCGUGCUGUUUGUAUGAAAACUAAAAAUGUCCAUAUCUAAAAUGUAAACGACACUGAGCUGAAAAUAAAUGCAUCUAAUUAAAAAUUGCUGCAGAGUCUAAUGUUAACUUUCCAUAUUGUUUUUUUUAGUGGCCAAGACAAGCAGGACAGAUUUGAUAAAUAUUGAAUCUAUAUACCUCGGGUAUAAUGCAUGUAUUGAUACUAAAGUUAAUCUUUUCUAUUGAUAUGAUAUAAAAAUCCUUUACUCUCUGCUAAAAGUAUUAAUUCUAUUUUAAAGGUUGCUAGCUCUACUCUUGAUGCCAGUGUCAAAAUUUAUGCUGGACGAGUUGACUUUAUACAUACUCACACAUACAAGGUUCUAAGUGGCCUAGGUGGAGGGAAAGCAACAGAAGAGGAAGGUAUUAUUUCUUUUCCUUUAUACUUGUAGUUGUGCAUGCUUUUCAUUAAUGCAGUUAAGAUCUAAUUUAUUUUGAGUCACUUCUGAUUGGCUUCUAUUUCUUCUUUCUUGUCUUGAAAGUUUUAGCCGUUUAAUUAAAGUUCAUAAAAAAGAUAUGUAAUGAUGUGAUUGAUACCUAAUUUAAACUUUUAAUGCAUUUUGUUUUGUACAUAUGUUUAGUAUAUCGUACAUUCACCCAAGGAACUAAAGGUUAUUCAUCAAAAUAUACUUUAGAAAAUUCAAAGAUUAACUCUGAGCUCAUAGCCUUUAUUUUUCCUCUCUCAUCAGCAGUGUGCUGAUAAAAAUGAAAGUUAAUUUACUUUAAAAUCUAAAUUGACCAAAGCAUAAUCAUAUCAACACACUAGUCAGCUUCACACCAUGCUAGAAUCACUGAGUAGUGCUCAGUGCUUUAAGUUAUAAAUGUAGUUAAUUUUAUAUGUUUCAAUCUUGUCUGUGUUAAAUGAAAAUCAUGAUUUAUAAUAUGUAAGUUAAGGAAAUAAGGGAAAAUCUUGCAGGGGUCAGAGUUUAGAAACCAUUUUGUUUUGAUUAUAUUUAUUUUUUUUAAAAAGACUGUAAUAAUAAUAUUUAAAACAGAGCUCAUGUCACAGUGGUAAUCAAAGCUUAGAAAGUCUUGUUUACUUAACACAUGUAUUUUUAGACUUAUACUGUAAUUUAAACGUGAUUAGAUUUAUAAGAAGUUCUGAUAAAAAAAAUCAAAUGUAUUUCUAAUAACCCCAUGCAAAAUAUAAUUGAAAAAUUCUGAGUUCUAAUUUACAUAAGACAAAUAAUCCCACUCUAUUAAAAGGGCCUAAAAUCUGGCACAAUCAAAAAAAUAAGGAACUUGGAAAGGGGGGGGGGGGGUAUAUAUAAAACAUACAGUCAAUUUAAAUUCAAUUUAAUCUCAGAUUAAAAAAUUUCAAUUUAACCAAUAAAUUUGUUUAAAAACAAGAUAUUUGUUAUUAAUUUUUGUUCAGUUAACCAAGGAUACUUCGGGGUAUGAACAUAAGGCAUAUGCCUGUACACACACUCUCAACGGCUCAGUAGUACUUUGGUACUUUUUUUAUGAUAGAAAAACGCCAAAAGUGUAAACAUUUCUAAGGCUGCAACUAGGACAGAUUCAUUGAAUUUACAUUGAUUUCAAUGGGGAAAAUUUAUUUUUGAUUUAUGAACAUAGCCUUGGAACAUAUUAUAUUGGUUAUUGAGGCUCCAUUGCACAUUUAUGGGGGGGGGGGGGGUUAGGAGGGAAAUUGGGCUGAUUUGACUUUUGUUGUUUUUUUCCCUACAUAAUGUAUAUAAAAAUUUUUAAAAAAGAUAAAUUUUCAUUGUAUUUUUUUAUGAACAUAGCCUUGGAACAUAUUAUAUUGGUUAUUGAGGCUCCAUUGCACAUUUAUGGGGGGGGGGGGGUUAGAAGGGAAAUUUGGCUGAAUUGACUUUUGUUGUUUUUUUGCCUACAUAAUGUAUAUAAAAAUUUUUAAAAAAGCUAAAUUUUCAUUGUACGUUUUGCGUGGAGUUCAUCUGAUGUCCGAUUUUCUAUUAAAAAAUAUAUUUAUUUUGUAGAAACUGUUGAGGGUGUUGAAGAGGGUGCAGAUGUCAAUGAAAUGGAUACAAAGCAAAAAAAGAAACGAAAGGUUAGUUUUAAGGAUGCAACUUUUUAUUUUAAUCUGACUAGUCGCUUGAAUCCAUGCAAUGAGCCAUAUUUUCUUUUUACAUUUUUUAUUUUUAGGUAUGUUUUCCCCUGUUUCAGGUAAAUAAAAUAAUUUUUAAAAAGGAAUUAUAGUUUUGUUUAAUUCUUGAAACAGGUAGCAAAAGCCCACACCAUAGAGACGAAUCUUAAAAAUAUCAAUGUGGACAAGUUUGACCUUGAGUUUGAAGUGGAUCCAAUGUUUCAAAUCAUGUCAGCCGCCUUUGAUGAAGGUGGGGCACGAGGACUUUUAUUGAACAGACUUAGGACUUUUGAUGAUUCUCAGCAGCUUGUCCUGGAUUCAUCUACAGUCAUAAAUCUUGUUCAAGACAACAUACCUGAUUCACAGCACAAAAGGAGACCAGUAUCUUUGGCAGAUGUGAAAGGUUACACUCUAGCUCAUAGCAAUAAAUAUCAAUACAUUUUGUUCAUCUGAGAAAUAUGAAGCACUUGGUAGGUGAAAAUUACAGCAAUGUUUUCUGCCAAAAGCCGACUUUAUACAAAAAAUUUAAAGUAAAAAUAAUAUUUUAAAAUCUUUUGGUUGUCAUUGUUUAUGUUGAAGGCCUUGGGCUGACUGACAGAUUCAUUGUUUAUGUUGAAGGCCUUUGGCUGACAGAUUCAUUAUUUUAUGUCCUUUUUUAAAUGCUCACAUACCAAGGACAAUUAUUUCUUUAUUUUCCAUCUUCAUUGUCUCUCCUAUAUCAUUCUAAUCUGUAUUUGACUUAAAACAUCUGGCUAAUCCCACUUCUCUUCCUUUCCCAAUAGAAAAGACAACUGGUUAAGCAGGGAAAAUGGUCAAUUAUGAGUAUUAAAAACAAGUGAUUUCAAACAUUUUUAAGAGUUAGAGAACUACUGAAGAUGAUAAAACUAUAUUUAAAUUUGAAGCCUUAAAAAGGGCAAAAGUUUUUUGGUUUAUUUAGUCGGAGCACCUUUUGUUUCAAUUUUUAUAAAUUGUUACAUUAACUUAAUUUUAUUGUUUAAAUAAAAAAAAUUCAUUUUCAGAAUUACUGAGUAAUUUAAAUUUAGAUGGCAAGCAUAUUUGUCCCUCAUUGAAAGACUUCCACUUUACAAACUGGAACGGAGAAGUAAGUGCACAUAUUCAAUGAACGUUGCUAAUUUUCUAUGCUUAAUGCUUGUGUUGAUAUUGGUCAUUCUUAGCUGACGCAGUAAAUUUUGAUGGAUUAUAUCAUGCUGUGGGAAAAUAGAUUCGACUUAGACCAGUGGUCUAGAAUAUUGUCACAAAUAAAUUAUUGCAGUGUGACUUUGUCUUAUUUUUACCACUUCACAGAUUCAUUAAAAGGGGCUCUAAAAUUGAUGAACUGAAGAAGAAAAUAUUUUUGGUCUUUAUUUAAAUUUAAUUUUGAAAAAUAUUGUUGUGGUUUUAUUUUUUUUUGGUUUUUUUUUUUUCACAAUUUAAGAUAUAAUUUAAAAGCUUUUUUCUUUAAUUUUUUUUUCAACUAGAUUUCGGAAAUUCCCAAAGGUGAAAAUAUUUUUGGUCUUUAUUUAAAUUUAAUUUUGAAAAAUAUUGUUGUGGUUUUAUUUUUUUUUGGUUUUUUUUUUUUUCACAAUUUAAGAUAUAAUUUAAAAGCUUUUUUCUUUAAUUUUUUGUUCAACUAGAGUUCGGAAAUUCCCAAAGGGCUCUCCGAGUUUGCCUUUGACCCAACAGAAAAACCCCAACAUUUACCCAGUGUUGAAGAAGAGAUGGACGCCAUUGCACAUGAAGAGAUUGAUGAUAUGGAUGUUCCAGAGGAUGAACAGCAGGGUAAUUCUAAUGCUAUCUACAUAGUUGUUUGAGUUUUAAAAAAUAAUAAUGAGGGGUCUUAAAUAGCGCGGUACCCCAGCGUAGGGCUGGGCUCACCGAGCUGUACAUAAAAUGCAAGUUUUAAACUUUUAACACAUGUAAAUUCUUUAAACAAACAUUAAUAUUUAUGCUUUUAAAAAACUGUCAAUGGAACUAAAAAAUAAUUUAUUGAAAAUAAAACUUUUAAAAAUCCCUAAUUCCAAAGAUAUGAUAUUGUUCACUUACUGAAAUGAUGUAAUUGUCAUGCUGUCAAAAAAUGUAAUAAGAAAUUUAUCACAUUUUUGGGAGGAUAAAAACUCAUGAGUGUUUUUGAAUUUAGAUUUUGGCAACCAAACCAGAGACCCUAAUGGCUUGUCACAAAUGAGUUCCAGGACAGCUAUUGUUUUUGAAAGUGCAUGCAACGACCUCUCGUGAGUAAAUUUACUUAAAUCUAUUUAAUUACAAUCACAGUAGUGUAUGUGUAUUGACAUUUCUUUACAACUUGUACGUUCAAGAAUCUGCUUCCACAACUAUUUUUUAUUUAAAGAACUGAAUAAAAUAAAUCUUUAUCACAUUCCAGAAAAACUCGUCAACUUUUAGCAGAUAAGCCAUCUGAGUUUUCCUAUUUCAAUAAAAUCUUAACAAGAACUUGGGCCGGUCCGGCUCAUUGGAGAAUAGCCCCUAUAUCUAGAACAGGUACUUAUCAGUUGUAUGAUUUCUUACAAUAUUUUAGCCAUUGUAUUUAUAUUUUAAUAAUCUAGUUAGUGAUGCUGUCAUAACUAAAAAAAAAUGUAAAUGUAUCCUGAAUUUUCUUAGCGCCCACUGAGAAAGUGGUAAAGAAACGACAAAGAAAGCUGCCGUUGGUUCUAACGUACGACACACCAGAAAAGAAUCUAGACAAACUCUUUGUUAUCUCAAAUGCUACACAAAUCUCAAAGAAGACAUGGUCAGGAUAUACCAUAAAAAAGACCACGCUUCCAGAGGACAGUAUCCACUCACGAGACCGGCUUUUCUGUCUCUUCCACAAACCACAUGUUAUGGUCAGUAUGGGAGAUUUCAUUACUAAUUUACAAUUAGUUCCAUUCAAGAUCAAGAACAUUUAUGGGUUUUGAUGAGUAGCAGGGUCUCAACAAAUUAUUAUUUUACUAGGGCUUAAGCAGUUGCAAUUUUUUUUACACCGGGUUCAGGUAUUUUGAGAAAAUAGUCGGUGAAGAGGUGACCUCUCAUUUUCUAUAAUAUGCAACAAAAUCCAUUGCCCUAAGUUGUAGUGAGAGUAUAUUGCCUUUGUUAUUCGUUAGUGUCAAGAAAUAACUCACUGAUAGGAACAGUGAACAGGCAGUUUCUGCAUGACAGCCUUUUUUUUUUACUCAGUACUAUUAAUAUAAAACAUGUUGAGUAGGGGAAGGGCCGGUUGUGAAAGGGAAGCAGGACACACCAGAAGCAAAAUAUAUAUAAGAGAAUAGAAUAGAUCGGUUAUAGUCAAUGUUUCCUUUAAGAUGCGCGGCCGCACAGUUAUCUCACAGACACCACUCAGCAGUUUUGAGUAUCCGCGCAGCAAAUUUUAUAAAAAUAAUUUUGAACAAAUACGCUGCUCUCUGCAGCCGGAAUUAUACAGUUUUUAUAACAAAUACAUCCAUGUUUUAAAUUUGAUUCAGAUCUAUAUUUUUGUCUUCUACUUUAUACAUAGAACUAUUGAUUCACAUACUUUCCAAUACAUACCGGAUCAAGCUAGCCUUGUUCUGAACCACUGACACUAUUCAUGUACAUUUCAUGGCUCAUGCUGCGCAGUGAAUGUGUAUAAAUAAAUAAAUCGCAUAUGUCCAGUUAAUUAUAAAUGUAGUAGUUGCUAAUUAUUUUUAAUAAUUUUAUACCCGUUAUGUCUAAACAUCAGUUAAGCAAACUGUCAGUGUCAUUGCCUGAUAAGAAGGGGUGUAGGUCAAAUUUUAAAAUGAAAUGGCUCGAUGAAUUUUUGCAUGCAGCACUAUCAGAUUCUUCAUCAGGGCGGAACAAGCUGGAUGAUAUUUUUAAAUAUCGUGAAAUUGGUGAUGUUUGUGGGCUGUAAAAUUUUGCACAAACAAAAUUGCUACUGUAAGACUUUGCACACAACUGUAUGAUUUUACACACGAACCAGCAAGCCUUAGAACAUUGGUUAUAGUACAUAUUUAAACCCUUCAGUUGUUUUAAUAUAUUUAUAUGUGAUCUUGAUACCAAGUGUAAAUGAAACUAAAACGCCUAUAUAAAAUAUGUAUUUAUGUCAAUAAGUUAUUUAUUUAUGUUUAACAUGUUUAUAUCAAUGGCCCAGAAUUUAACAGCAUCUUCAACACAAACAAAAUUUAAUCUCUGAUUAUACAUUGUAUCAAAAUUGUCUAAUUUUAUUAACAUUUCUACUUCUUUAAUAUUGUAUGUAAUAACAUAAUUUCCAGUUUUUGCACAAGUUCAUUGCCUAUAUUUUUGUCUGGUCUUCAUCAAAGUGCUUGUUGAUAAAUCAUCACUUUUCUUUUUUACUUUUAUUUCUUUUUUUCUUUUUUUACACCUCUAUUCUCAUUUCUGUUUGUUUCCCCAACUUUUUUCAGGUCAAACAACAGACUGGAAGUUCCAUUGGCGUUGACGAUGGCAUCGAUAACUAUGAUUACAACAAUAAGAAUGAUGUUGAAAAUUUUUGCCCUGUAGCUAGGGUAAGUUAAUGUUGAAUUGGUUUCUUACUUUUGCACCAUUACCAGGGAUGGCGGCCUUAUUGCGUGAACUUCCCUCCUACUAAAGUUACUCGACAAAACAUGCUCUUACGUAGCGCACUUUACAAGAUUCCCAAUUAGUGCACUGCGUAAACUCUAAAGAAUAAACAGUAGUCCAUUCAAUCUAAGCUGUGUGGAAAUUUGAUUUGGGGUUUUCAAAUUUCAAGUCUCGGACUAAUUUGUUUUCACAAAUGUUUUAUUUAUGGUUUUCAGGAAGACGAUGAUGAUGGUGAUUUCUCUUCUGGUGGAUUCGAUUUGUCUAAUGAGACACAUUUCCCACAAGCAUCACAGGAUAGUUUAUCUCAACACAGUGCUUUUUCGAGUCUUAAUGGUACAAUCCUAACACUGGACAAACUAGUAGCAGCCCCUAAUAAGGUAGUUAUUUAAACUUUUCUUUUACCUGUAUAUAAUUCAUUUAGAAGGAUAAAAAUCUGGAAAAAGUGUUAUACUGUUGAAAUUUAACUUGAUAUUGUGACAUACUAAUGUUUAAACUGUUUUCUGGCAAAAAUGAUCUUUAAAAAGUAUCACAGUUAAUGCUAGUAGCUAGCCUAACAUUAACAUACUGUUAUAUUAUGGUAUGUGUUGUAAAUUUACUUCCUGGGUGAAGAAUCUUUCAUAAUAUUAUUAAAUAUUGGGCUGAUAUCUUACCAGUUGUGUCUUAUCAUCACAAUGGGAUUAUCACAGUGACAAAAGUAAUCCUUUCAGAAGAGUAAGAUCGCAACAAAUGACUUUUUGGCCUACUGAGAUUCUGUGUUUCAUAUUGAAGUGUUUUGUCUUAAUAGUUCCAAACAUUGCCUAAUAUUUUCCCUAUUACUAAGUAUUACCUUAACCUACUCCUAUAUAUAUACUUUGUUAAAAAGAAAGUCAUCUUUUUUAAAGUAUCACAACGAAUGAUUUAAUCUUCAUAAUAUUUAUACAUAUGGAUAUGUAUAGAAUAACAUUUCAAAUAUGAACUUGAAAAAUAGUACAUAUUUUUACGAUGGCAAUAAGGGGAGCUACUGCAAUCAGGUUAGCAAAAAUGGAAUGAGUAAAACAAAGUAUGGGAAAGCCUGGAAAAAAAGUAACGCAACUGAACAACUAACGUUUUGGCAGGAAACCUUCAUCAGGGAACAAACAGUAAAAACGGAUUGAAAUAAAACUAGCACUUAGCUGAAAAGUAGUAUCCGAGAGGGUAGUAAAAGAAUUCUUUUUUACAAGUGGACUGCUAUCACCAUGGUCAACAGCCCACCCAUCGUUAGCAUCAACUGAUGUUAUAUUUGUUCUAAUUUUGAAUCAGAACCAUUUUGAACCAUAGGAUCCUUAUCACUGUCAUUAAUUUUGAAUGAUUCCACAUGGAUCAUCUAAGCUUGUCAAUAAACUUCUCCAGUAAACUUUAGCAGUCAUGUUAUAUUAUGGGAGUUUAUGGUGCCCUAAAAGACCAUACUAAAGCAGUGCAAUGGGCAGAACUGUCUGAGAGGACACAAAAGAGCAUGAUAUUUACUACUGCUUUAGUUCUUCAGCCUACAUACUUAGAAAAUUAUUUAAAUGACAUUUUAAGUGGUCACCAUGCCUUUUUAGAGCUGUCCAGAUGCAUUAUGUACAAUUGAUAUGGUUUGUAGUUUGUUGGCAUUGUUUUCAUAUGUUCAAUUAAUUUGGCUUGAAAUCAACUUCCAAAAGGUUCAGAAAAUAGAUAUUAAGUAUGCUAAAACAGCAAAGAUGGUGGACGUUCGAAAGUUAAAGUCAACCCUAUGGACUAUUUUAACUAAAGAUAGUCUGGAGGAGGUCAGUCAAUAAAUUGUUUUUAAUUUAUUUAUAAUCUUGGUUUUAGAUUGUGUGUGGCCAAAGCAUAGCUUGUAGAGAUUCAAAAAGUAAACAACACAUUAUUAUUUUAAUUUUAAAAAUAUGAAAGGAAGUUUAUGUGGUACUUACAUGGCUGCUGCUAUCUAGAUCACUGUCUUAUUUGAGACAUAAACUGAAUCUAAGCAAAUCAUAAAUUUUAUGUAUUACAAGUCAAAUUAACUAGUUAAGUUAUUUACCUUUUCAUGGUAACUUAUCAACUCAGCUUUGCAAACAAAAUAAUUACAAACCUGGUUAUUCUUACUAUUUUGCCUACAAUGUUCUAUUUUGAGAUGCUUUUUUUUUUAAAAGUGUAAAAUGCACUGGUGUAGCUUGGGUUAUCGCUGCCCCCUUCCCAAAACAAAAACUCUGCAGUUGGCCUAAAACAGAGAUCCUCAAUUUAUAGAAAAAAAUGUGCCACCCAAGGCUUCCCCCAUCCUUCCUACAACAGUGGUAAAAUAAUUCAAAAUUAUAUUUAGGUAUAUGGAAAGGGCAUCCCUGCAUCUUGAAUUUAUUUUUAUUUUUUAUUCUGGGGAGGGGCUCAGCUUUUCCACCCCAUCUCCAUCUAUCAAAGUGGCAAAAACUUUGGUAAGUGACCAUUUAUAGACAUAUGAUGCUAAUAGUUAUUGUAUGCAUUAUAAUGUACAAUUUUGAGUUUAUAAAGUACUAUUCUUAAAUUUUGGGAGUUCCAGGGUAACCAGGUCUGUAAUUACAGAAGUCAAACUAUUUGUAUAUUUACUUUUAGGGAUCUAUUUUGGGACCAAAAAUAACAUGAAAAUGAUAAAAUAUAUUGAUGGUUUCCAUAGGAAUGUGUUAGCUAAUACUACUAAUAGUCAUGUUAUUUAGAACUAACAGAAAAUGGUAUGUCAAUGUAAUUUUGUUGUCUUUUAAAGCAGACAAGUAAUGGGUCCUCAAAUGAAGCAAGUUCUACUACAGAGACACUACAACAAAUUGCUGUGCCCAGUAAAUUCAGCAAACUCACUAAUACGCUACCAUCAAAAGUCUCAACAAGCAUGGCCAAAAAUCUCACCAUUCAAACAGUAUUUGCCUGUUUACUGUACAUCACAAAUGAAAAGGUUUUUAUUAAGUUUAACUUUUAACAUGUUUUUUUUUUUUUCUAAUUUGGUGAUUAUGGAGCUAAACUUAAUUAAAAAACAUAAUUCACCACUUGUCAAGUAGGGCAAUCUUUUUUUUUUUUAUUAUGAUAUCACUACCUGUACUAAAAACAUUGACUUGAAUUCAUUUUAUAAUUUACAUGAGUUUUUUCUCAUAAAAGAGAUAAAGAUUACACCAAUUGUUUUCAUCAAUAAAUUUUACGCAAUAUGUUCCAGGCUUAAUUUUUGUACCUAAAAAAUGGGAAAUACCCGGAUUUUAAGUUUCUAAACUUUAAUUUCUUAUUAGAAACUAAAGACUACCGGUAAUACAUUUGGACAUGGAUAAAGUUUUUAAAAAUCAUUAUGUUAGUUGCCAUGAAAAUAACAAGCAACAUAAAAAAUUCUGAUUAUACAUAGGAGCAGCACACAAUAGUUAAAGACAAACUAUACUAAUAAAUAGAUUUAAAAUGGAAACAGAUUCGCAGGAUUUAAUCAAUACCCUGAAAUAAUGAAAGAAAUGAGCCUGGGCCAAUAUUGUCGCAUCAGUCUUGACUGAUAUGAACUUAUUUAAUUUUUGUACCUUCUAUUCCCUUCUUAAUUCUGUACAUUUUCAGAUACCCCUUUUUUUUGCAUACAUGCAAAUAAGCCCUUAAUUUAAAUUAGCGAUGGCUUGUACAGUAGAUAAGUACCAAAAAUAAGUCUUCAGACUCAUUGGAUAGCCACUUUUUUUUUUAUUGACCAAAAUAUGUUAAUUUUUUUUUAGAUGCUAUUGACAAUUGAAACUGCCCUCCCCCCUAUAUAUACUCCUCCUCCCUCCCAUUUUAAUUUUUAAAAUCCUUUUGAAUACAAAGGAAAAUAUUUGUUUAAGUUGCCAAUUAUGAAUCUAAAAUAUUAAUAUAAACAUUUUCUUUUACAGACACUGCGGCUUUCUGGAACUCUUGAAAUGGAUGACAUCCAUAUAGAACAAGACAGCUAA